AGUUGAUGUUUUAGCGCAGUCCGCGUGGUUCGAUUAACCCAGCGUACUUCAGAAACGUGCCUGGGCUUUAAAAUUUGCUUAUCGAAAAUCCGGCAACGUCCGAAGCUCGUUCUUGUUUCACCAUCGAGGUCUAUGUUUCGUUCUUGGGACAUGGACAGUCAACAAUUGGCGCCUGGUGUGGUUGGGUGCCGCGUUUCCCUGCGCCAGCUCGAUCGUUACGUGAAUGUUUUUUUUUCCGAUGCGAGUUCGCUUGAUCGAAAUUCGAAUAUGGAAAUUGGGUGCGCAAAAGUGUGAAUGACAACGUUGGCAACAAGGUGAAAGCGGUGUUGUUUAUUUUGUGCGCUUUUCGGACCAGUACGUGACCGUCGUUUUCGUGGGAGUCGAUUUUUAGAUUACGGAUUCGGCUUCUAAAACCUUUGUGUUUUCAACUAACUUCAGCUGGACAAGAUUCGACAAAUUAUUGCUCUAUGACGUAAAUGAAAACGUGCUACUUUUAUUCGUUGCAUCGAUCGAAGUUCUAGCAAGAAAUUUGGUAAACUGUUUCGUUGUAUUCCCAAGUACACGUUUUGUGUUUGGUCGUGGGCGGUGUUUAUUUGUCAUCAGAAAACGCAGGACCGCUCUACAGAAUAUUAACAUCGCUACGGGUAUCAGUUGCAGAUUAACGCUGCGCAUCACGCAUAGCGGUCGCCGGAAAAAGGCGGGUCCAGAUGUUCCGAUGUUUAGUUCGCGGACGGCACUCACUAGAUCGACACCGGCGACACAGAAGGAUCAAAGAGUAAUCCGGAGUGCUUAUAAUGACUUAAAGUGACGCGAGACGCGACCAGAUCAACGAUGCCGAGCUAUUUACUGUUGUUUUGCGGUGUCUGUGCAGUUUGUUCGUUCCCGUCGACCCCGUUGAACGAGAGAUCGAAGGAGAUUUCUUGGCAGGCGUGGUUGUUGGUAGACGAUCAGAACCAAAACCGACAGGAAGGAGGGGACGUGUUGCCGAAGAAAAAAAUCACCCCCAAAAGCGUGUUCGUAGCUCCUACGUUUUCCCCCGAGAAUCUACCCCCCUGCGCCGACGGGUACAGCUCGGAUAAUAUGGGCAGGUGUAUAAAAAUUAUCAAGCUGGACGAAGACAGGCACUUGGAGUUUUUGGUUAAUAAAAUUAACGAUAAGUUCGGUUCCGUAGACUACGAGGAAGAUAUUGAAAUAGAGGAAAUCGAUAUUCCCAAAGACGGGCCUAUUCAGUUUAGCAUUCCUCUGAGCGAGGAUGAUUACCACAACGAAUCUCCUCAGGAAGAGGCCGACAUUGCUAUUAUCGUGACUCCCAGUGGCGGUAUCUUCGGCGAGCCUUUCAAUAAUUUUGAUACAUCUAGUCUGAAGUUGGAUAAGAGGGACGAUAAAGUCAACGAAGACGAGGCAACGGAAACGACCACUUUGGAAUACGAUACAACUACUCAAGACGCAACCACUUUGGGUGAUUCGGAAUACACCACCGAUACAGUGGACGAUAACUCAACUGAGGUUACUACGGAGGAAACGACCACAUUCGUGGAUAUAACCACAACAGGGGAGGAGGAAACGACAACCGUGGUUCCCACCACAACCCCAAAAGUUACAACGUACCACCCCAAUUUAGAUACCACCAAAUUGGUGACCCGAUCUAGUUUCGUUCGAUUUCCCGACGAACAAUCAACACCAGAGCCCAGAGGGAACUUAGUAAGGUUUCCGGAUUUAGGAAACCAGCACGAAAGCCAAAGCCAUCAGACUCGCGACGUCAGUAGUCAAUAUGGUAAUUUUUUAAAUGAGUAUGUUCCGCAAAAACCACCCGAGGUAUUUUUACAGCAAAAACCAGUUCCUUAUGGUCGAACUUUUGGAGGACGUUUUUCUGACACUGACGGAUUCGCGACCGAACGUUCCGGUAGAAAUAAAGCAAAACAUAAUAGUUUGUUUUUUCUGCCUCCGAAUUUAACGUCGAAGAUACCCCGGAGACCUCUGGUGUUAAGGUUCAGCAGGAAACACGUAUUUAUCGACACCAAGCAAUUUAAAAACAACGAGUUUUACAGGUCGCUUCCCAUGGAAGAUUUGUCGUAUUUAUUCGGUUACAAAUACAAACAGUCGAAUCAUAGGUAAUAUAUUUUUUGUGAUCUUUUAUCGUACAAUUUUAGUUUUCUGUGUAUAUAGUCGUUACCCUCUGCGUAGUUAUUUAUGCACUGGUGCAAUUCAUUUACUUGCUUAGAGCUUUAAGCUACUUUGUCACUCCACUGUCACUGGCAAUUCCGGAAGAAUGUUUUCAAAUGUGUCAAACUUUAUUUAAAAAAUGAGUUUUUAAUAAAUAUCUUAAAUAUGCCUUGACCAAUUUUGUUAAAAUUUGGUAGUGUUGUUUGUUGGGAUAAGAGUUUCACUUAGAAUUCUUUAAAUUAAAAUUAUGAAGUGCAGUGGCGUCCCGGAAGACAGCCUAUAGAAGAUUGCCAAAAAAAUGUGCAGAAUUUUAUUUUUCAAAUUUAGCAACUAAAAACGCAACUUUUUUUACUGAUUCUUUAAAAAGAAAAUAUUUUUGUAACUAGUGCUCCAUUAUAAAUUUUACCGCAGUUUUUCUUAGACAUUUCAGGAAAAAAAUUAAUACAAUAGUUGUAGGGUUUAAUGCGCAGAUUUAAUAUUACAUACUUAUUUAUAUACAGAUGUGCCAAAAAGUAGUGUAUGAAUAGAAUGGAGAGCCCUGUAUAUUAUUUCAGAAGAUUCUUUUACGCUGAUUGCAAAAUAUUGUUUUUCAAUAAUAUUAUUAUUGUACAAAAAAGGAUUAAAGGAUAAUGUUUUCAAUUGACAAAAAAAUUCGAAAUAUUAUUCCUGUAAAAAAAUAACAAGAAAAAACUUAAUAGAUAAUACAAAUACAUAAACACUAAUUUAACGAUUACGAAUAGUGCGCUAAAUUUUGAAAAUAUCCACCAAUUUCUGUGACUACACAGUUGAUAACCGCUUUAAAGCUUUACUUAUCCAGUCAGGAUGCACAUUUUUUAAAACGUUACGUUAACUUAAUGGACUAAACAAAUUGUUUAACAAAUCUGCCCAAGUAUUAUUUAAUUCUUCAUUAGGAUUAAAACGCACUGCCUCGUUUUUCUCCGCACAGUUUUGUUUCUUUGAAUUGUUGUAUUUCAACCCUGUUUGCAUUUUUAUGUAUGUAUUAUUUUCCCAAGUUUUUGUCUGGUUAAACAUCAUUCUUUUAUCGAAUUUUGAACAAGGCAUGCCACAACUACCGUAACAGAAGACGUGGUCAACGUCAAGUGGCUUUAAUGUAAAAAAUAUCCAUUACAUGUUUUUUUUUUCAUUUUUUUUUUAUAACAUUCAGAGCUUCCAAUCAAUUAAUUGACAUACUAUGCUUUUUUGAUGCACCAUAUAUAUAUAAAUAAGUAUGUAUAAAUAAGUAUGUAAUGGGGAGUAACUUUCAUAAUGGAUCGAGUUCUUAUUGCUUAUUUCUUCUUUUCUUCUUCUAAAAGUAUUAUUUCGAACAUAUCGUAUUUUAAACUGGAAGUCGUUUUUAAAAUUUAAAAUUCCCCUUAGUUAACCCCAGUAAAUGAAUUGGACCGUUCCUUAGUAGAAGAUGUAUUUAUUUUUUGUACAUAUACCGCUGUCUGUGCAUGUUGGGGUAUUCUGAUAUUGUCGACACCCUGUAUAUUAGCGUUUCAUGUAUAUAUGUAGCAACAGUGUAGAUUUUAAUGUAGAAAUUAACCAAGUCAGUACAAUUAUUAUCGAGUAUUUUAAGUUUCUAGAAUUGGCGCCUAAAUUAUUUAUUUUGAUACGCAUCAAAUAAUGUUACUGUCGCGGGCAGUGUGACGAUUUUGUUUCGAACAUUAUCCGGAAACGGCGUCGAACGAAACGUACCGUUUGUUGUUUAAAUUCCGAGUCUGUUUGUUUUUACGGAAUUGUUGACUCCAUUGGUCGGACGCCUACAUCUGGACACCGUUUACAUCGACGAUAUGCUAAAAAACACGCACAUCUGUGAAAUAUUGCAUGCGAAAUUUGAAAAGUGCGAAAAAAAUUUUAUCCAAAUAUUUGGAAUCUGUCGAACGGUUUACAUCAAGUAUUAUUAUUUUCAUUAAAUUGAUAUUAAUAAGUCCCCACAUUGCCACGACUUAAUUAUUUCACACGAUUUGUGCUUAGAAAUGUGUUGUAGCAUUUUUGUUGGCAAUUGAUUUUCGCAAAAUUAUUACGCUGCCUUACUUUUGUAGAAUAUUUCGCCACAACUAACUGAAAAUAGUAUUAUACCCUUAUUUAUUGAAAAUUACUUUGAAUAGGAUUACAAAUAGUAGCAAAUUGUUGAGCAUAAUUUCAUUUAUAGAUGUUUGUUGUGUGUAAAAUAAUGUAUAAAAGCUUGUACAACGUAAAAUACAGUAUUAUAAUCCGCAUUAUUUUUUUAUUUCCCUUGUGUUUAGAGAACCCUGUUAUUAAUGUGCAUGAAAACCAGUGCUGAAAUAAUUACAUUUACCAGAAGCACGGGGCAGAAGUAAAUGAGACGCAUACAGACAAAUAAACCGCAAAAUGUACAAAAAUAAUUUGUUUAAGUACUAGUAACUUACUUUACAAUUAUUAAUAUUUAUAUAUUAAAGGGAAAAACAAGUACAACGUCAUAAAAAACUAAUCAUUAAACUUCUUUGGAAUCGGAACUAGUGGACUCAAAUUGAUGGACUGUAUUGAAAUAUCAGAACUAAAAACGAUAUUUGAAAAGCAACUGAGAAAGUUAUAUUCUAUAUUGAUACAGAUAACAGACAUAACGCAACAACAAUUGUUGAACAUGAUUUCAUUUACAGAUGUUUGUUGUGUGUAAAAUAAUGUGUAAAAACUUGUACAA